GAAACAUGAAAACAAUCCAUGGACACAGACAAAUACACGCACAAAUAGAUAUAAAUGUGUGUCAAUAAUAUCCGACUGUUUCAUAGACUUGUCUGUGAGUUCUCAAACCUGUUGAUCUUAGAUUGCAGUUAACACAAAGUCCAAUGGAGUUGAUGGAGGAGGAUGAAGGUCUUGAGCCCGUCAGCCCUACAGGACAGUACUUCAACAGUAAAGUGCUGUCGGUUUCUGUUAUUGGCAUUUUGGAAUCCGAAAUUCCGAUCGACGACUCCCAAACUAAGUGGCUGAUCGAAGAUGUUUUCCUCCCAAUCAACCCACGCUUCUCUUCAAUCAUGGUGAUGGGAAAGAAGGGAGGAAGGAAGUGGAAGAAGGUGGAAGUGAAUGUGGACAACCAUGUACACGUCCCCAGCUUUUCCUCUCCAAAGGGCUCAUCAUCUCCAUCCGAGAACGACAGUUUCCUCAAGAGUUACAUCUCAGAAAUGGGCAUGAAACCAUUUCCACAAGACCAGCCCCUAUGGGAGGUACACAUCAUCAAGUAUCCGACCAGCGAAGCACAAGGAACCCUAAUUUUCAAGCUUCACCAUGCACUCGGUGAUGGCUAUUCUCUUGUGGGCGCUCUCUUGUCUUGCCUCCAAAGAGCUGACGAUCCUUCCCUUCCCGUCACCUUCCCCUCAGUCAGUAACUUCAGCUCAGCCAAUAAAGACGGCAGAAACGUCGGACUUCGGAAGGUGGUCAGCAGAUAUUUCUCGCCGGUCGUCAGCACCGUAAGAGAUUUUGGUUGGAGCGUCUUGAAAAGCACUUGCAUCGAGGACGAUUUGUCGCCGAUCCGACGCGGGUCGGAGAGCUUCCAGCCGUUCUCGGUGUCGACAAUCACGUUCUCGUUGGAUCGCAUCAAAGAGAUCAAGUCCCGCCUUCGAGUGACCGUCAACGACGUGAUCACGGGAAUAAUCUUCUUGGCGACCCGGUUGUACAUGCAAAGAGCGAGCCCGAACUCGAACCUGAGCACCAACUCCACAGCGCUGGUGCUGCUGAACACGAGGAACUUGCGCGAUUACAAGUCGGUGAGGGACAUGGUCCAGCCUAGUUCGGAGUCGCCAUGGGGGAACAAUUUCGCAUUCUUGCACGUGCCGAUACCGAAAGUGAAGCCGAGCGAUUCUCAGUUCCUGGAUCCUCUGAAGUUUGUCCGCGAGGCUCGUGACACGAUCAGGAGGAAACGGAGCUCUUUCGGCGUGGUCCUCACAGGGAAGCUACUUGAGAUCAUGAAGAAAUGCGGAAACGCAGAGGCAGUAGCGAAGCACAUCAGCAGGACAAUGAGUAACUCGAGCAUGGUCAUCUCCAACGUUAUGGGGCCGAUGGAGAAAUUGUCUCUGUGUAAUCAUCCUGUUAAAGGCAUGUACUUCACCGUCGCCGGCACACCUGAGAGUCUCGGCCUAACGAUCUUCAGCUAUGCGGGAAAUCUGAGAGUAGCGGUGGGAGCUGAGCAAGGCUUCAUAGACUCUGAGCUGUACAUCCGGUCACUGCUGGAUGCGUUCGACAUGAUCCUUCACGACGCAUGCCGGAAGCAGUAGAAGCCAUUCCUAUUCCUAUUAUUGCCCUCUUCAACGCCUUCUGAGGAAAACCCUAAGUUUUUUUCUCCCUUGUUUCUUGCAAUGAAGAUGUUGUUGACAUGGACGGAGCCGGAGAUUGAUUCUUGGGGGGGACCACAUUAUGAGACUAAUAAUCCCCAAAACGAGUUCUCAAGUUAAAAAUUUAACGUGUGAUCUGUUAUCAUUUCUCUUAUUAAAAUCUCGGUUUUCUUACUUU